AAUGAACGUGGGUUCGCGCUUUUCUUACAGAAUCUAAAAAGCGUUCUUAAUCUGUUGGCUAGUGCUGAUGAGUUAGAGACAGACGUUCUGAUUCAAACGAGGAGUCGAUUAGUGGAUGCUUCGGGCACGUUGUCAUUUCUGCUGAAUGACAUGUCGAAUGGUCUCACAAAUGCUACUGGUAUUCCGUCAAAUGCGAUUCAAGUUCCUGUGCAGCACCUGAAGAAUUCUUUAACCCACAUAACUGAUUUGCUUUCAAGUCGGAUAGAAGGCCGCAACAAUGUAGACUUUUAUGACUCACUGGAUAUAUCUUAUUCUGCACCGCUGAAUCUUUCACAGACAGGACGAGGUCUUAAACGCUAUGAAAUAACUAAAGACCAACUCGAACACUUACGGUCGCUUUAUUUUUCUUGGGAAGCAAUUGCUCGCAUUCUUCAGGUUAGUCUUUCAACCCUUCAGCGGCGACGAAGAGAACUCGGUGUGAACACCCCAGCCUAUUCAGAAAUAUCAGAUGACGAACUGGAUGAAAUUUACAGAACCGUAACUGGCAGUUCAAGCACGGGACCCCUUACCCCCAACAUUGGUAGGAGACGAUUUAUAGGAGCACUGAGGAGUAGAGGCUGGAGCAUUCAAAGAUGGAGAGUAAGUGAUUGUUUAAGACGUAUGGAUCCUGUUAGAACUGCCCUGCGCUGGAGAAUGACUAUUCACCGUAGAAAAUAUUAUGUACCAACCCCUAACAGCCUAUGGCAUAUAGAUUCGGGCCACAAAUUAAUAAGGUACAAGUUGAUAACACACGUCUGUAUCGAUGGGAAAACAAGGUUAAUUUUGUAUGCUGCUUGCAGAGACAAUAACAAAGCAGAAACAGUCCUUUCUUUGUUUCAAAAUGCGGUGCAGAAAUGGGGGUUACCCUCACGCGUCCGAUGUGACUACGGUAUGGAGAAUUAUCAUGUUGGUGCCUACAUGAUACAGCACCGCGGACCAGCCAGAGGCAGCAUCAUUACUGGAUCAUCUGUCCAUAACUCUCGAGUUGAGAGAACACAUCGUGAUGUCUAUUCUGGGGUGUUAGCAUUCUAUUCCUGUGUUUUUCAACAACUGGGAGAUGAAGGCAACCUUGAUGUCCUAAAUGAUGUUCAUAUUUUCAGCUUACAUCACAUCUACAUUCCAAGAAUACAGAAUUCUCUAGAGGAGCUUGUCAGUCAAAUGAAUAAUCGGCCAGUAUCAACUGAACGAAACCAUUCACCACUUCAAAUGUGGGAGAGGGGUAUGUUAGAGAACUUGCACUCUGGACAUACUGCACUGAGUGAGGCUGAGAUCGAACAUUUGGGGGUAGAUCCAGAUGGUGUGCUUUCAGUGGAGGUUGAGGAUUAUCAGGUGGAGAUUGAUCCACCAUUGGUCAGCCUUUCAGAAGAACAGAAAGGAGAACUUCCAGAUCCUCUCACAAAUGAUGGAAACAGUGGAAAAGAUAUUUACUUGCAAUGCAUUGAGGUCGUUAAUGGAUUUCUUUGCUCUAGUUAA